AUGUCGAAAAAUGAAAUACGAAAGAAAACCCAUAAAACCUCUUAUCCAACACAAAAUCAAUACAGCCCAUUCCAAGAAGUCUUCAUGGAUCUUUUAUUUAUAGAAAAACAGUAUUACCUUACUGUGGUUGAUGCUUUCAGUAAGCUUGGACAGGCUAUAAACAUUCCCAAUAGAAGUACACCAGAAGUAGUCAGAGCAUUAAUAAAAUAUUUCAGUAUGUACGGAAUUCCACGUAAAAUAAACAGCGAUUCCGGAGCUGAAUUUAAUAAUGAACUAAUUAAAGAACUUUUAAACCUGUACAAAAUAGAACUUCAUAUUAGCACACCAAAUAAUCCUAGCUCAAUGGCCAUAGUGGAAAGAUUCCACUCCACAGUAAUCGAAAUAUAUAGGUUGGCAAAGUAUGAUAAAAGUGAUCUUGAUGCAUAUUCAGUAAUGACAUACGCUAUAAUGGCAUACAAUAAUAGUAUCCAUUCAGCAACGGAAUUCACGCCUUUUGAAAUAGUUUUCGGUAAUACUGACAGCGUGCCAACUUCCGCACCUCAAGUCACCACGAAGCCCGCCCCAGUCACCGGGGCGGCCGAGCAAGAAAACCACUGUACGCUACAUGAUGGUCAGCACGGUUUUACGCGUGGUCUAUCGACAGAAACAGCAAUAAUGAGUUUAAAGCAUACUGUCAAAUAUUACACGGACAGGCGCACACCGGUGUACGCCUGUUUCCUAGAUCUGAGUAAAGCUUUCGAUCUUGUCUCGUACGACAUCAUGUGGCGUAAGUUAGAAGGCGUAGCUUUACCUGACGGCUACACCGAUUUGCUUAAAUAUUGGUAUAGUAAUCAGGUGAACUAUGUGAGAUGGGCAAAUGAAUAUUCCGAGCCGUACAGGAUGGAGUGCGGGGUGAGGCAAGGGGGGCUGACAUCGCCGAGGCUCUUCAACCUGUAUAUGGACGCACUGAUUCGAGAGCUCAGCAGCAUGCGUGUCGGAUGCCAUAUCGGCAAGGUCUGUGUGAAUAAUAACAGCUAUGCGGACGAUAUGGUUCUGCUGGCACCCUCAGUUAGUGCGCUGAGAGCUUUACUCGGUGUUUGCGAAAAGUUUGCUGUCUCACAUGGUUUACAAUACAAUACCAAAAAGUCACAGUUCAUGGUGUUUAAGGCUGGCAGUAGAUGUCCUAGUGUUGUACCCCCUAUAAAGCUCUAUAACGAACCACUAGAAAGGGUCUAUAGUUUUAAAUAUCUUGGACAUAUUUUGACUGACAGUCUUAAAGACGAUGAAGACAUUGAAAGAGAACGUAGGGCACUGUCGGUCAGGGCGAAUAUGUUGGUGCAUAGAUUUGGUCGCUGCACUGACGCUGUCAAGAUCACGCUUUUCAAAGCAUAUUGUGCGUCAUUUUAUUCUUGCAGCCUAUGGACCAACUACACCAAAAAGGCCUAUAGUGCCCUACGUACUCAAUACAAUAAUGCAUUUAGGGCGCUGUUGCGGCUGCCGCGCUACUGUAGCGCGUCUGCGAUGUUUGCACUAGCGGGUGUGGAUAGCUUUGAUGCAAUAAUCAGAAAAAAGACCGCAUCCUUGCUAAACAGAGUGCGCGGCAGCGGACACAGUGUGCUGAGUGAGAUUGCCGACAGUGGGGACUGUCCACUGAUUAAACAAAUGAUCGCCAGGACUAUGUCCUGUUUAAUAAUAAAGUAUUGA